AACGAAGAAGAAGACCGGAAGUGACUGAUAGUUUCCGGGGCGCGCAGUUCGUCCAUCGACGUGUUUUCACUUCAACUUUAAUUUAUCCUGAAAAUCAAACAAACAAAGAAACAACAGAGUCCAACAUGUACGACCAGGACGAAGAUAAUCAGUACGACGAGGACGAAGAUGAAAUCACUCCUGAUUUGUGGCAGGAAGCCUGUUGGAUCGUCAUCAGCUCUUAUUUUGACGAGAAAGGUCUGGUGCGUCAGCAGCUGGACUCCUUCGAUGAGUUCAUCCAGAUGUCUGUCCAGAGGAUCGUGGAGGACGCUCCGCCCAUCGACCUGCAGGCUGAAGCCCAGCACACCUCCGGAGAGGUGGAGGAGCCGCCUCGUUACCUGCUGAAGUUUGAGCAGAUCUACCUGUCGAAGCCGACACACUGGGAGAGAGACGGAGCGCCGUCCCCCAUGAUGCCCAACGAGGCCCGACUACGAAACCUCACGUACUCUGCCCCUCUGUACGUGGACAUCACAAAGACGAUCAUUAAGGAAGGGGAGGACCAGCUGCAGACGCAGCACCAGAAGACGUUCAUCGGUAAGAUCCCCAUCAUGCUGCGCUCCACCUACUGCCUGCUGAGCGGCCUGACGGACAGAGACCUCUGUGAGCUCAACGAGUGUCCUCUGGACCCCGGAGGCUACUUCAUCAUCAACGGCUCCGAGAAGGUGCUGAUAGCUCAGGAGAAGAUGGCCACCAACACGGUGUACGUGUUUGCUAAGAAGGACUCUAAGUACGCGUACACCGGAGAGUGCCGGUCGUGUCUGGAGAACUCGUCCCGUCCCACCAGCACCAUCUGGGUCAGCAUGAUGGCCAGAGGAGGCCAGGGCGUGAAGAAGAGCGCCAUCGGCCAGAGGAUCGUCUCCACGCUGCCCUACAUCAGACAGGAAGUCCCCAUCAUCAUCGUGUUCCGGGCGCUGGGCUUCGUGUCGGACCGAGACAUCCUGGAACACAUCAUCUACGACUUCGACGACCCCGAGAUGAUGGAGAUGGUGAAGCCGUCUCUGGACGAAGCAUUCGUGAUCCAGGAGCAGAACGUGGCGCUGAACUUCAUCGGCUCCAGAGGAGCGAAACCCGGCGUGACGAAGGAACGAAGGAUCAAAUACGCCAAAGAAGUCCUGCAGAAAGAAAUGCUGCCGCACGUCGGAGUCAGCGACUUCUGUGAGACCAAGAAGGCCUACUUCCUGGGGUACAUGGUCCACAGGUUGCUCCUGGCGGCUCUGGGCAGACGAGAGCUGGACGACAGAGAUCACUACGGCAACAAGAGGCUGGACCUGGCUGGACCCCUGCUGGCCUUCCUGUUCAGAGGGAUGUUUAAGAACCUGCUGAAGGAGAUCAGGAUUUAUGCUCAGAAGUUCAUCGACCGAGGGAAAGACUUUAAUCUGGAGCUGGCCAUCAAGACCCGGAUCAUCUCCGACGGCCUCAAGUACUCUCUGGCCACCGGCAACUGGGGGGACGUCAAGAAGGCCCACCAGGCCAGAGCAGGGGUCUCCCAGGUGUUGAACCGUCUCACCUUCGCGUCGACUCUGUCUCACCUGCGUAGAGUCAACUCUCCCAUCGGCAGAGACGGAAAACUGGCAAAACCCCGACAGCUGCACAACACGCUGUGGGGGAUGGUGUGCCCUGCUGAGACACCUGAGGGUCAUGCUGUGGGUCUGGUGAAGAACCUGGCCCUGAUGGCCUACAUCUCUGUGGGUUCUCAGCCGUCCCCCAUCCUGGAGUUCCUGGAGGAGUGGAGCAUGGAGAACCUGGAGGAGAUCUCUCCUGCUGCCAUCGCAGAUGCCACCAAGAUCUUUGUGAACGGCUGCUGGGUCGGAAUCCACAAAGAUCCUGAACAGCUGAUGAACACGCUGAGGAAACUCCGCAGACAGAUGGACAUCAUCGUGUCCGAGGUGUCGAUGAUCAGAGACAUCAGAGAACGAGAGAUCAGAAUCUACACGGACGCCGGGCGGAUCUGCCGACCGCUGCUCAUCGUCGAGAAACAGAAACUGCUGCUGAAGAGACGACACAUCGACCAGCUGAAGGAGCGAGAGUACAACAACUACAGCUGGCAGGACUUGGUGGCGAGCGGCGUGGUGGAGUACAUCGACACGCUGGAGGAGGAGACGGUGAUGCUCGCCAUGACACCUGAUGACCUGCAGGAGAAGGGCGUGGCCUACUGCUCCACAUACACACACUGUGAGAUCCACCCGUCCAUGAUCCUCGGAGUCUGUGCCUCCAUCAUCCCCUUCCCCGACCACAACCAGUCUCCCAGGAACACGUACCAGUCGGCCAUGGGGAAACAGGCCAUGGGCGUCUACAUCACCAACUUCCACGUCCGGAUGGACACGCUGGCUCACGUGUUGUACUACCCUCAGAAACCGCUGGUCACCACCCGCUCCAUGGAGUACCUGCGCUUCAGAGAGCUGCCUGCAGGUAUCAACUCCAUCGUGGCCAUCGCCUCGUACACCGGAUACAACCAGGAGGACUCUGUGAUCAUGAACAGGUCGGCCGUUGAUCGAGGCUUCUUCAGGUCUGUUUUCUAUCGAUCCUACAAGGAGCAGGAGUCAAAGAAAGGAUUCGAUCAGGAGGAGAUCUUUGAGAAGCCGACACGGGAAACCUGUCAGGGUAUGAGACACGCCAUCUAUGACAAGCUGGACGAUGACGGGCUCAUCGCGCCUGGCGUCCGUGUGUCCGGCGAGGACGUGAUCAUUGGGAAGACGGUGACGUUGCCGGAGAACGACGACGAGCUGGACAGCACCAACCGGCGCUACACCAAGAGAGACUGCAGCACCUUCUUGAGGACCAGCGAGACCGGCAUCGUGGACCAGGUGAUGGUCACCCUGAACCAGGAGGGCUACAAGUUCUGCAAGAUCAGGGUUCGUUCCGUCCGGAUUCCUCAGAUUGGAGACAAGUUCGCCAGCCGACACGGACAGAAAGGAACCUGCGGGAUCCAGUACAGACAGGAGGAUAUGCCGUUCACCUGUGAAGGAAUCACACCUGACAUCAUCAUCAACCCUCACGCCAUCCCGUCCAGAAUGACAGUCGGCCAUCUGAUCGAGUGUCUGCAGGGCAAGGUGUCGGCUAAUAAAGGAGAGAUCGGGGACGCCACGCCGUUUAACGACGCGGUCAACGUGCAGAAAGUGUCCAACCUGCUGUCUGAGUACGGAUACCACCUGAGAGGAAACGAGGUUCUCUACAACGGCUUCACGGGGAGGAAGCUGACGUCUCAGAUCUUCAUCGGUCCCACUUACUACCAACGUCUGAAGCACAUGGUGGACGACAAGAUCCACUCCAGAGCCCGAGGCCCGGUCCAGAUCCUCAACAGGCAGCCCAUGGAGGGCCGCUCACGUGAUGGUGGUCUGCGGUUCGGGGAGAUGGAGCGUGACUGUCAGAUCGCUCACGGAGCCGCUCAGUUCCUCAGAGAACGUCUGUUCGAGGCGUCUGAUCCGUAUCAGGUUCACGUUUGUAACCUCUGUGGACUGAUGGCCAUCGCCAACACACGCACACACACCUACGAGUGUCGAGGCUGCCGCAACAAGACUCAGAUCUCUCUGGUGCGGAUGCCGUACGCCUGUAAACUUUUGUUUCAGGAGUUGAUGUCGAUGAGCAUCGCUCCACGUAUGAUGACGUCAUAGAGCGGCUCGGCCAAUCACACGUCUCCCUGUGGACUGAUGACGUCAUAGAGCCGAUCGGCCAAUCACACGCCUCCCUGUGGACUGAUGACAUCAGCGACAGGAAGUCAAUGUAGAAGUUUUUAAGUUUUGUUUUGUUUUGUACGUGUAGAAUAAAUAAAGUUUCGUCUUGGUCA